AACAGCAUUCCCUGACACUGCAUGUAAUUCCCACUUACUAUUAUAAGACGUGGUUUCAAUAAAUAUUGUAGAAAAAUUUCAAAGAUAUUUCAAAGCUCAAGCUAGUUUCCACAAACUUUAAAACCCCUAAUUACAAGACAUAUAAAAACUGUCUGUUCAUGACAAUUGUUGUAGGCUUGUCUAGAGAAACGUACAAGAUUUUGGGCAUGAUGUUCUCUGUCUGCCUUGUCCAUGGGGGGGUGGGACCCCGUGUGCUAUCCAAGCGGCUAUUUGCACAACUGUCAGGACUCCCUGCUCCCCCUGUGGAUAUGAGAGAGGUUGAUGACACAGAGCUACGUGAAGAACUGGAAAAGAUCCAAAGGUCAGAGACUGUGGAAGAGGCCCGCACAGCCAUGAUAGAGGCAUCUAACAGCCUACACAUGCUUGGUGCGCUGUGUAGGGUGUCGAACCUAGAGGAGAGAGAUGCCAUGGUUCAGGCAGCCCUGACAUAUUAUUUAGAGGGACGUACAGAGAUGCCACUAAAACAACUAAAAGAAGGACUGCAGACGUUAGGGGUCCUAAAUGCCCUGAAGGAGCACUCUCGACUUCUGGAGGAACUUUUUAGUGGUGGAGCGCCCACCUUGACUGCUGCCUCCUUGCUUGACCUAUUUAAAGUUCAGUACUCUCCUAGUGGAAGCAGUAGGAGGGCUUUGGAGGAGGUCACAAUUGCCUAUUGGAGGGAUUGGAUCAUCGAAGUUGAAGAUGGGGAUGCAGCAGUGGAGGUAGAAGGUGGAAAAAAAAUAGAAAUAGCCCUUGAAGAUGUGCUUGUGUUUGCUUCUGGGGCAUCUGCCAUUCCUCCAUUUGGUUUCAGAGAAAAUCCAAGGAUUACUUUCCUUCAUGAGGAACUGAAUGGCAACCAACGGAUGUUCCCAGAAGCAAACACUUGUGCAAUUAUCUUGAAGUUGCCUGUUGGACAAGUAUACGAAGACUUUUGUCAUUUUAUGACAACUGGGAUAGUACAGUCUCCAGUGUUUGGGUUAGUCUAAAAAAAUUCCCCCAACCUUUGUUACAUUCUGUAGCUGUCCCACUGUUAUAUUUGUGUACAUUUGUUUAUACAUCUUUGUAGUAUAUAAGAAUACACAAUAUAUUUACAAUAGUACUGUAUACGUGUCAUAGCCGUUAAACUGACUGUUCAAAUAAACUGUGUGAUAUAAAAUAAAAACUUGUACUUUUGUCAACUGGGAUAUUGUUAAGUCAGUGCUUGUUUUUACUGUAAUUCUUACAUUUUUUAAAAAAAACUUUACAUAAUUGGAAAAUUUAGUGUAGCAUUUGAUUAUUGUAUGUUGUGUGUGUUUUCUUAAGAGCAGGGUAAAAGCUAUUGGUAUAUCUUGUUGUAUAAAUAGGUAGA